CCCCGUACCCAGAAACAGAAAUCCAACGAAACCAGUCCACCAUGGCUAGAACUUUGAAACAUGUUCUGUUGUUUUGUGUUCUUCUAUCUCUGUUUCUCUCUUCCUCUGCUCAAUCGUGUUCAAGCUAUACCUUCUCUAGUAGCAACAUAGCCUUUAGCAAGUGCAGCGAUCUCCCUGUCCUCAACUCUUUCCUCUACUGGACUUACAAGCCAUCAUCCGGAACUGUCGAUAUUGCUUAUAGACAUACCGGAGUCUCUUCAUCCCGAUGGGUUGCUUGGGCAAUCAAUCCUGGAUCUACGGCGCAGAUGGUUGGGGCACAGGCUCUCGUUGCUUACCAACACAGUAAUGGAUCCAUGCUUGCUUACACAUCCUCCAUAACUGGUUACCGAACAACGUUGCAGCAGAGCAGCCUGAGUUUUUCUGUCUCCAAUAUCUCAGCACAGCUUGUGACUAACGAAAUGAUCAUCUAUGCAACCGUGACGCUCCCUAAGAACAGUACCACGGUGAAUCAUCUCUGGCAAGAUGGUCCGCUUUCGGGGAAUACUCCUCAGAGUCAUGUAACUUCAGGAAAUAACCUUGCAUCUGCAGGGAGUUUGAAUUUCCUGUCUGGAUCAACUACUACUUCUUCAGGAGGAAACUCUAAAACCAGAAGAAAGAACGUUCAUGGAGUAUUGAAUGCUGUAAGCUGGGGUAUCCUAUUACCUAUUGGUGCCAUGACAGCAAGGUACUUGAAGGUGUUCAAGGCAGCAGAUCCAGCCUGGUUUUAUCUCCACGCUGCUUGUCAAACCUCUGCAUAUGUAGUUGGGGUUGCUGGAUGGGCAACAGGUCUCAAACUUGGUGGUGAAUCUUCUGGUGUUCAAUAUGAUGCUCACAGAAACAUUGGGAUUACCCUCUUUGUUCUUGGAACUCUUCAGGUGUUUGCCCUGCUUUUGAGGCCCAAGAAAGAACACAAGCUCCGUCUAUACUGGAACAUAUACCAUCACUCUGUUGGAUACUGUGUCAUCAUCCUCAGCAUCAUCAACAUCUUCAAGGGCUUUGAUAUUUUGGACCCUGAGAAGAAGUGGAAGAAAGCUUACAUUGGUAUUAUUGUCAUUUUGGGCAUCAUUGCAUUGAUCCUGGAGGCCAUUACUUGGGUUAUUGUUCUGAAGAGGAGGAAGUCAAGAAGCACAGAAAAAUCUCACCAUGGUGCGAAUGGAGUGAAUGGAUAUGGUGCUACACCAGGAGUGUAGAUUAGAGAGAAAGACAGAGAGAGACUGAUCUGGGUUUUGUCCAGAGACAGUUUUGUUUGUCCCUUGCUAUGUAUUAUUAUUGAGGGAUCUGCUUAGGUUAGAAGCUAUUCUUUCUUUCUUACAGUGUAGAGUGGUAUUGGGGAGAUGGUUGUCAUAUCUUCUGGGAUGCUUGUAUUUAUCUUUUUCUUUACUUCUUUUCUUGGUACACCCUUUUCUAUACAGUUGCUGUAUCUUGAAUCUUUGAUGUUUUAUACAGAGGUUUUGGUACUUGGAUAUUUCCUUAA